AUGCAACCGUGAAAUAUUUUGUCGUUUUGUCAUCUAUCUUCUCAUUCUAUAAUUAUGUACUAAUUCCACUAACUUCACUUUCAUAAUUUCAUAUCUUAGGAAAGGAAAUAAUAAAAUGAUUUAGAGUAGCAUAAGGCUAUAAAUAACCCAUUGUCAAUAACCAUUGAAUGCCAAGCUACCAAGAUAAAAGAAAAUGAAUUUUUUUUAGCUGAUGAUUGAUUUUCAUUCUCUUCACAACUAUCAUCAUUUUUGGUCCUGACAACAUAAGAUGCUGCAAGCAAAAGCCCUAUAUGACAAUCAUUCAGAGUCAUGCGAGGAGUUGUCGUUUCGAAGUGGCGACAUCCUCUCCAUUGUUGAAAAAAAUGUCAAUGGCUUGGAAGGUUGGUGGCUCUGUUACCAUGGCAACAAGUUGGGUAUUGCACCUGGAAAUAGAUUGAAGGUAUUGAAGCGAUACCCAGCAACUGAGGAUAAAGAUAAAACUCUAACACGUGAUGAUUCAUCUCGCCAGUGCAACAACUACAACUUACCAGCAUCUUUGAAUGACAACAAACUUAAUCAAGGUAAUGAUUUGUAUGAUUCACCAUCUUCUUCUGAAAAAAGAAACUACCCACACUCAGCAACAAAACUGAGCAACAGCAGCAACGCUACAGGCAGCCACACAGCCAGCAGUUGUGGCUCCAACUCGCCCAACAGAUCCAGCUUGUUGUCCAUGCUAUCCACAGGCAGUUCCAGUUUGAGUGACAGCGCUCGUUCCAGUGCGGAUGUCUCAUUUUCAACUUAUGAUAUGCUGCCAUCAUGUAACUCUGCAAAUAAGAUUCAGAAAUGUUUAUUUAAAAGAGAAGAGAAUACUCAUACUAAUAAAAGUCGAUGUAAUGUUAACAAAAGUGCUGCGAGUGUGGUCAGCUCUUCUGAUGACCAGAGAGAUUCAUAUCUAGAAGAUUACUCCUUUCCAAGAAAUGCUAGUUGUGAUAAUGCCCAGAAUGAUAACAACAACAGCAGCAACGACAAUGAAUUUGUAAAUGUGGCAGACUCUAGAGCAUUUUUUGAAGAUUUGUAUGAUAGUCCAAGAAGAUGUUUGAAUGCAAAUGCAUCGGCAGCAUCUCUAUCUUCCCCAGAGAAACAACCAUUGACAAUGCUUCCAUCCUCAUCUUCAUUCGACGAUUCAACGUUGAAAGGGUACAACAAACAGGUCAUUGAUCAACUUUACGAUGUUCCUCAAUCUCUCAUCAACCAGCAUCAGUCAAAUAGUUUGAACAGUACCCUUCUCAUUAAGAAUGAUAGUGAUGAGAUCGUUUUAAAUGAUUAUAAAAUUCAGAAAGAUAUCGAACUAGACAACCAGAGUCGUGUUGAAUCAUCUCACGACAACUCACAGCCAGUCAUAAAACAGCAAUCGCAAGCUGAUAAACAUCAAAUUGGCAAGGUAUCAGUACCAGUUAACGUACUGCCAAUGAUGUCCUUGCAUGAAGACAUUAAAAAGUACAACCAGAAGUUGAGAGGUUUUGUACUGGAAAUGGGAGAUCCGAAAGCAGAUGAUCUUGAACCUGACAAGGCUACUUUGAAGAUGUCUCAAAUAAAACUAUGUUGCUUGUCACUGAAAUCUGCUCUCAAAGAACUGGUAGAUUUUGCCAGUAAUUCAAAAUUUCCACAGGUUGAUGGCGGGUUAGUUAUGGAUAACAACUCAAAUUUAGAAAGCAUAAAGAACAAAAUUGAAGUUUUGAAGUGUUCUUUGAAAGAAUUUGAAGAAAAGACAAAUGAACUACACAUCAGCAAUACAAAGAGGAAUGGCAAUAACACCACAAGCAAUAAGAAACUCGUCAAUAUAGAUUUUUUGCAACUCUUAUUGAAUGCUGCCAACAAGUUGCCACUGGCUUCUAAUAUGCUCAUUUCUGACAUCUGCUCAUAUUUCAACGUGAACGACAACAACCAUAUUGUAACUGCCAGUUGUGUUGAUGAACAGUCUCCAUCGAAACCCAUGUUACCUGCUAGGUCCACCUCUGCCAUGCAGGCACACCAACAAACGUCAUUAAAUGCUGCUGCAGCAGCGAAAAAGUCAAUUCAGAGCAGACCGUUGCCGGCACCACCGUUAAACAAUUUCCGACUGGCCUCUCCUCACAGACCUCAGGAACAAAUUCAUUAUCGAUAUCAUUUACCUGAGCAUAACAAUUUUUCAGGUUCGAAUGUUAUGAAUGGUUCAGCCUCACCGAGGUCAACAUUACAACAUCAGGUUCAACAUCAACAUUCAACACCCUCCUAUGCCCCACAACCUCAGAGUAACCUCCUCCUGCAACGACAGCACACCCUUCCCAAUUCGCAGUCUCAAUUUUAUCAGCAGCAGUCUCAGCAGCAGAGUCAGCAGUGUGACCCGAUGGUUGGCAGCGAUGAAAGUGAUUCCUUGCUCGUUGCUUUCUAUGCAUCCCAAAUCCAAAUGCAUUUCAAUUUGGUUAAAACGUCUGCAACUAAAUUUUGUAAAACCAUGUUCAGCAGCUCAGCAAAACGUCAACUUCAACCGAUUCAACUCUUGCCUACUCCAAAAGAAUUUGUUCUAAGAAGCAAGUUUGUCAUAUUAGCUGCUCAUAAGUUAGUUUACGUGGCCGAUGCCAUCGCUCGUAAUUUAGCUGACCCAACUAGGUACAUAGACAUUGCUGAAUCAGCAAACAAGCUGUGCAAUGCAUUGAAAAUUGCUGUCAACUCUACAAAAGAAUCGGCUCUGCAGCAUGAAGAUGUUGAGAAAAGAGACUGCAUGGUAAAGAGCAUCCUGUCUGUUGAGGCGGCGUCUGAUGAGCUCUGCUCUGUCAUCAGCAAGUACAAGAGGUGUCUCGACAGCAAUGAUGAGGAGGAGGAGGUUGAACAAACUAAAUGA